UGACAAGGCUGACACUUUGAUCGUUCUCGCAACCUUCCACUCCUUCAUUCACCGGCACAGUCCCCAUCUCUUUGCAGCUUGCGGUAAACCGAUACCGCGCUGCAACCCCGGGCGAGUCGGGCGAUUGCGGCGACAAUAAUGCGAUAGCACAUCCUUGAAUUUGCUGCGGAAGCGAGGAGGCGAAAAUGUCGGUCGCGCCGCAGUCGUACCAGCUCUCCGACUACCUGGAGAAGCUGCCCGGCACCACCUUCCGGAAGCUCUACCAGCAGCCAUCGACAGCCUUUGCCAUCUUUCGCCGCAUGCUCCCUCCCUUGGCCAAGGUCUUCGUCCAGGCCCUCCUCUACAUGCCCUCGCCAUUAUUACUCUCCGAGCUAGAUGUCUGGGUACGUCCGGAGGGGAAGAUGCACCGUGACCGAGCCCUUUCGAUCCUCAGGUCCCUCCACAUCAUCCAGAUCACCCCGCCUGGCAGGGACAAGCCGCAGGAGAUACAGCUUACGACAAACUUCAAAAACAGCCUCCGGUUGGCUCUGGAAGGGGGUGGCACGCACAAUAGCUUCGGUGUGCCCAGCAAACUGCCCGUUGAUCCCAAGAUUGAUAUUGCCUAUCUGGACAACUACGCUAGAAAGAAAUGGGAGGAUAUCCUGCACUACGUCGUCAACAGUGUUCCCGUGCAUGGCGAUGCAGGAGGUGGUGCCUCAGGCGGAGGGCCCAAAGCCAGCGUCAAGGAGUUGCUACUGGCGGGACGUCUGGUCGAACGGAGGCCGAAUACAAGAGGCGGAGUUGGCAUUACACAAGCGGGGUUCACAUUCCUCCUCCAAGAGGCCAACGCCCAGGUCUGGACACUGCUUCUCCUCUGGCUCGAAGCCGCCGAUCACACCAAGGCAGCAGCAGGCGACGCAAAAGGCCCGACAAAACCGGACAGUAUCGACAUGCUCUCCUUUCUCUUCAUGCUCGCCUCGCUCGAACUGGGUCGUGCCUACGACACCGACGCGCUGACCGAAACCCGGCGCAACAUGCUCCCCGCCCUUGUCGACUUCGGUCUCAUCUACAUCCCGCGCGAAGAUCCGCGCCAAUACCUGCCCACGCGCCUCGCCACAACCCUGACCAGCUCCGCAUCCGCCCUGCGCUCCGUCUCUUCCGGCUUCUCCGCCGCAACAGCAAACAACCCGGGGGACGCCUCUAGCCUCGGCAUCGCACCCGAGGCCACGAGCAAGGGCUCCAUCAUCAUCGAAACCAACUAUCGUCUCUACGCCUACACUUCCUCUCCCUUACAGAUCGCCGUCCUGGCGCUCUUCACCCAGCUCAACAUGCGCUUCGCGGGGAUGGUGACGGGCCGGCUGACGCGGGACUCGAUCCGGCGCGCCAUCGGCUUCGGCAUCACGGCCGACCAGAUCAUCCGGUACCUGGCGUCGCACGCGCACGAGCAGAUGGUGCGCGCGGCGGCCGCGACGGGGCGGCCCGUGCUGCCGCCGACGGUGGUGGACCAGAUCCGGCUGUGGCAGCUCGAGAACGAGCGGAUGCGGACGACAGCCGGCUUCCUGUUCAAGGACUUCGACUCGGUCGAGGAGUAUCUCUCGCUAAGUGAGUACGCCGAGGAGAUUGGCGUGCUGGUGUGGAAGAGCGAUCGGAAGAGGAUGUUUUUCGCGAGCAAAUUUGAGCAGCUGAGGGAUUAUCUCAAGAGCCGGAAGAAGGCCGAGUGAUGAUCUAGGUGGUUGGCGCUUGGUUGCUGGAGACGGGAUGAAGGUGAAAGUUCAUACUAGACUGGAUAUGGGACCCAGGGUUACAGCAUUAUACGGAUCGGAGUUGACGGGUAGGUGGCGUUCAAAAGGGUUGCAGUCUACAGCUUCCGAAGGCAAUGUACAAUACGAUGGAAUGUAGAUGAUGAACUCGCGAAUAGCAACAGCACAUGUCUCUGCCAUGGGAGUGUACCACAGUAUAAACCUAUAAAAGGUUCCGUUUUCAUACCUAC